CGUCGCCACUCACCAGUUCGCCACGGCAGCACCACCAACCAAACAAGCAGCUCUCCCUCCCUCCCACUUCUCAUUCAAACAACAAAGCUCCCUGCGAUAAACCGUCGUCGGUUUCGGCAUUUCUUGGCCCCAAAGCACGCGCGCGCUAAUGCCUUCGUCGCCAACAUCGCCUACUCGCUUCGCGUUGUCGUCCCCUUUACUUGUUGGACAGCACCUUUAGGUGGCGCGUCUCGUCGUCCUUGCUUCCCAAGAGACCGUCGCCUUACAUCUAUCGCUCGCUGCCUUAUUGCCUGCACCUCCGUGCUGUGCUGUACUGCACCUCCGUGCUGCGCUCCGAGGCUGCUGCUGCUGCAGAGCAAGUGCUUCUUUCCUCACAAAUUAAAGCGUAUAGUCCUGUGCGACGCGUGUGCCGACGGCCGGAGCAAGGAAUAGAUCUCGGGUCCUGGUCACGGGAAGGUAUCUUGGAAGAGCUGGAUACAAGGAAAGUUGUGAGGGCGGCCGCCGCCGGCCUUGGAAUUAGUUCGUUCUUUCAACUGGAGCUAUACUAGUAGGAGGGCAUUUAAGAUGUUCAACAUAGUUUCGUCGUGGAACAAGAGGCGGAGAAGCAGGUCACUCGACCAGCUAAAUCCCUGGGUGUACAAGCCGGCUGAGCUAUGGCAGGCGAAGGAGCAGGAGCACCACCACCCGCCGCCCAAGAAGCGCAGCUGCACCAUGGUGUUCACGCUCAAGGAGAUGGAGGAGGCGACCAACCUGUUCAGCGACCGCAACCUCAUCGGCAAGGGAGGCUUCGGCCGGGUUUACAGAGGCGUGCUCAAGGAUGGCCAGAUCGUCGCCGUCAAGAAGAUGGAGCUGCCGACUUGCAAGCAGGCCGACGGCGAGCGCGAGUUCCGGGUGGAGAUCGACAUCCUGAGCAGGCUAGACCACCCCAACCUGGUCACGCUCAUCGGCUACUGCGCCGACGGCAAGCACCGGUUCGUGGUGUACGAGUACAUGCCCAGGGGCAACCUCCAGGACAUCCUCAACGGUGACACCCAUCCCCCCCAUAUACACCACAAUGUUCAGAGCGGAGGGUCACAAUCUGGCGUCUCUCAAAUCCAUUCAGGCAUUGGGGAGGUGAGGAUGGACUGGCCGCUGCGCCUGCGGAUCGCGCUGGGAGCGGCGCGGGCGCUGGCCUACCUGCACUCCAGCACGGCCGUCGGCGUCCCCGUCGUCCACAGGGACUUCAAGUCCAGCAACAUCCUCCUCACCGACCACUACGAGGCAAAGAUCUCGGACUUCGGGCUCGCCAAGCUGCUGCAGCAGGACCAGGACCUGCACACCACCACCAGGGUGCUGGGCACGUUCGGCUACUUCGACCCCGAAUACGCGCUGACAGGGAAGCUGACGCUGCAGAGCGACGUGUACGCGUUCGGCGUGGUGCUGCUGGAGCUGCUGACGGGGCGGCGGGCCAUCGACCUGAGCCAGGGGCCGCAGGAGCAGAACCUCAUCGUCGGCAUCCACCAGGCGGUGGGCGACCGCAAGAAGCUGCGCAAGGUGGUGGACCGGGACAUGCCCAGGGGCUCCUACACGCUGGAGUCGGUGUCCAUGUUCGCCGCGCUCGCCGCGCGCUGCGUCUGCUUUGACAGCGCCGGCCGCCCGCCCAUGCAGGACUGCGUCAAGGAGCUCCAGUUCAUCAUGUACGCUAACAUGAAGAUAUGAUCACUCUCGCGGGUGCAAACCGCGCGUGGGUUUUCUUUACUUUUGAGACGGGGGGCGGGGCAUGCGGAUGCGGCUGCUGGAUUGCAAUUGCAGGUCCGCAGCUUUUGUUUGGUUGAUGAAACGAAUUGUCUAAAAGGGCUUUAUACAGUUACAUAGUAGUGCUUGUUUGGUAGAGCUUGUAGCUCUAGCCAAACCAGUUCUACUAGUGAUUUCUCCCAUGAAGUAGAUCUGUGUGACUCUGAUUUAUCCAGUUAGAAAAAACGUUCGUUAGAAUAAUUUUUAUUGGUAUAAAAAAAUCGUGUACUUACACAGUUGCAUUGA